AUGUCUCCUGACCUACGCGAUACCACCGUCAUAUCAACUAUACUGGAUAGGCUUGAGCCUCUUGAGCCAAACACUUACAUCAUAGCCCUUAGUGCGGGUAGCGAUCAAUUCAUUGGAAGUCCUAACGGCUACAAAGCCACGUACAUACCACCGGCUAUACUCUUCAAGAUCUUUACAGGGCUCGUCAAAAGAAUCACAUGGGCUUCCUUGGGAUGUACCCCUGAUUCUUUCUUCUUCAGGCUCGAGCUGAACGAUGGAGAAUUCACGUACGCAAUUGGCACACAUCGGCCGCCAGCCUUGGAGGAAUUCUUGGGGAAUUCUACCCAAUCAAAAGCUUACACAUCUGAUCUGCGGAUACGGUUUGGGGCAAGCGAUUCUUUUGUUGCAUGGUCAAAGACAGUUUGGAUCUGCUCCAAAGUUCCACCACAGCUCAUUUUUAGAUUGCAGCAAAUUAGUUCGUACUCAUGCACAAAGAAUAAUGCCACCAAGGGUGUGUUUAAGGACGGAACACUAGAUGAUGUACAGUGGCAUUCCAAUGGAUCAUUCUACGCCAAGAAAGGCGACAGCGACUUAUGGUGCUUUAGCACAUACUCUGUUAGCUCUGCAUGGUAUGAGAUGUGGGAUGGUCUGGAAACAGACGAGCGGGCAAGCAGAAUUGCCAAGGAGCUUGCUCAUCUCACUAUAAGUCCGUAUUCAGAAAAGGGAGAAACAUUUGCCUUCAUCAAAAAGACGAUACCAGGCAAAGAGCCAGCGUUCAUCGUUCAUUUUGAGGGGGAGAAAAGACAUUCCAACUUCCCCCAAGACUCGGGAGCACCUAAAUGCUCUACACCGUCAGCUUCACCUCUCAACAGAGAUCUCGACCGUAUGGCAGCAUCAAACUCUUUCGACAAGAACAACACGACGACACCUCCAAAGGGAUAUCCUCCGCUCGAGAACUUGGAUAGUCGUGACUUUCGGGUGGCUAUCGGCAAGAAGACUUGCCGACGUCUUACAAAUGACCCAUGGGAUUUAAACCUGAACAAGGGCGAGAAACUUCUGGUUCUGCGCGACAUGGAACGUGGGUGGCAUAUCGCCAUGAAAAAACAAGGUCUCAUUGGAUGGAUUCACGGCUCCUGGAUUGACUUUUGGGACGAGGAAGUAGAUCAAGAUCGUAAAGCAGCAUACACCAGAUUCAGGGAGGACCUCGAUGAAACGCUCGUGCCGGGUCAAUUGCAGGAAUUUCCGGUGAUGAGAAGCUGUGUUGAUGAUUGUACCAAGGCGGAAUGCGAGCCGCAAAAGCAAGACGAGUCCCUGUUGGGGAUUUGUUUCCACGAUCUACUGGCACUGCUCAAGGGUUCCGGCCGCAACCUCUGGCAUCCGGAUAGGUUUGCCCGGUUCUGCAAGCCUGAAGAAGCCAAGCGGCUGAAGCCCAUGGCUGAACAAAUGUUCGUCAUGCAAUUCUCUAGUACGCGCUUCGUCAUGGCCGCACAAAAGAUUGACGGCACUGCCAUUGCGAAGAGCAUCCGCGAGCGCCUGGGUGCAAAGAUCAAGGACAAGCAGGCAAAAAACCCGCGGUACAGGCCCAGCCUGAAGAUUGUCCAGGUUGGUGACAGGUCAGACUCCAGCACCUAUGUGCGUAUGAAGCUCAAGGCCGCCGAGGAGGCCAACAUCGACUGCGAGCUUGUCCACUUGCCCGACGACGUGACCGAAGCUGAGCUUCUGUACAAGAUCGAACAGUACAACAAUGACCCUGCUGUUCACGGCAUUCUUGUCCAGCUGCCUCUUCCCAAGCACAUUUCCGAGCAUACCAUUACAUCAGCCGUUGCCGAUGAGAAGGACGUCGAUGGCUUCGGCAUUCAGAGCAUUGGCGAGCUGGCCAAGCGUGGCGGCAAGCCUCUCUUCACGCCAUGCACGCCCAAGGGUGUCAUGGUGUUGCUGCAAGAGGCUGGAAUCGACAUCAAGGGCAAGAACGCCGUUGUGCUAGGACGCAGUGACAUUGUGGGAAGCCCCGUCAGCUACUUGCUGAAGAAUGCCGAUGCGACUGUUACUGUGUGCCACUCCAGGACAGCCGACCUUCCAGAGGUUGUUCGUCGCGCUGACAUUGUCGUUGCUGCUAUUGGCAAGGCCCAAUUCGUCAAGGGAGACUGGCUCAAGCCUGGUGCCGUCGUCAUCGACGUUGGCACAAACUUCAUUCCCGAUGAGACCAAGAAAAGCGGCCAAAGACUCGUAGGAGACGUCGACUACGAGUCAGCCGUCGAAGUCGCAUCACACAUCACACCAGUACCAGGAGGUGUCGGACCCAUGACCAUCGCCAUGCUACUACAGAACCUUGUCGAUUCAGCCGACGCGACCUUUGACAGAGAGAAGAAGCGCAAGAUCACGCCUCUUCCCAUCAAGAUCGAAGAUCCGAUACCCUCCGACAUUGCAAUCUCGCGGAAGCAGCACCCAAAGCAGAUCACCGCCGUCGCAAAGGAGGUCGGCAUUCUGCCCCACGAACUGGAGCCCUACGGUGCCACAAAGGCCAAGGUUGAUCUCUCUCUGCUGAAGCGUCUCGAGCACCGCAAAAACGGCAAGUAUAUUCUUAUCGCCGGCAUCACCCCCACUCCCCUCGGAGAGGGUAAGUCUACAACCACAAUUGGUGUAGCACAGGCUUUAGGCGCGCACCUCGGCAGGAUAUGCUUUGCCAACGUACGACAGCCCAGUAUGGGACCUACCUUUGGCAUCAAGGGCGGUGCCGCUGGUGGAGGGUACAGUCAGGUUAUUCCCAUGGACCAGUUCAACCUUCAUCUCACUGGUGACAUUCAUGCCAUCACAGCUGCGAACAACCUGCUCGCUGCUGCUAUUGAGACGCGCAUGUUCCACGAGAAUACACAAAAAGACGCCGCACUAUACAAACGCUUGGUCCCAGCUAAGAAGGGCAAGCGUGAGUUUGUGCCUGUCAUGUUCCGCCGUCUCAAGAAGCUUGGUAUCAACAAGACGAACCCAGAUGAUCUGACCGAAGAGGAGAUUACCAAGUUCGCCAGGCUAGACAUUGACCCUGAGACCAUUACUUGGAGACGCGUGCUCGAUGUUAAUGACAGACAUCUACGCAAGAUCACCGUUGGACAAGCACCCACCGAGAAGGGUCAGACUCGUGAAACAGGUUUCGACAUCUCAGUUGCCAGUGAAUGUAUGGCCAUUCUCGCUCUUAGCAAAGAUCUUUCAGACCUCCGCGAGCGCCUAGGUCGCAUGGUCGUCGCCAGCUCCCGCGCUGGCGACCCCGUCACCUGCGACGACAUUGGCGCGGGUGGCGCCUUGACGGCUCUGCUGGUUGACGCCAUCAAGCCCAACAUGAUGCAGACCCUUGAAGGCACACCUGUGUUUGUACACGCUGGUCCAUUUGCAAACAUUAGCAUUGGCGCUUCUUCAGUUCUUGCGGACAGGAUUGCUCUCAAGCUGGCUGGUACCGAGCCAGACGAGGAUCACGAUGCGCAAGCCGGGUUUGUCGUGACCGAGGCUGGCUUUGACUUCACCAUGGGAGGUGAGCGCUUUUUCAACAUCAAGUGCCGAUCUUCCGGCCUUGUACCCGACACUGUUGUCAUUGUUGCUACUGUCCGAGCUCUCAAGAACCACGGUGGCGGCCCGGACAUCAGCCCCGGUGCUCAGCUGCCCGAAGUCUACCGUACCGAGAAUAUUGACAUCCUCCGCGCUGGCUGUGUCAACUUGAAGAAGCACAUUGAGAACGCCAAGGCAUACGGAGUUCCCGUUGUUGUGGCCAUCAACCGCUUCGCUACCGAUACCCAAGCCGAAAUCGAUGUUAUCCGAGAAGAGGCCAUUGCUGCCGGUGCCGAAGACGCCAUUCCAGCCAACCACUUUGCCGAGGGCGGAAAGGGCGCCGUGGACCUUGCCCAAGGUAUCAUUGCUGCGUCGGCUAAGCCCAAGCCUGACUUCAAGCUUCUGUACGACACAUCCAGUGGCACUGUGCAAGAGCGCAUGGAGACGAUUGCCAAGCGCAUGUACGGUGCUUCUGCCGUCGAAUUCUCUGAACUCGCACAAAAGAAGGUGGAUACGUAUGUCAAGCAAGGAUUCGGUAACCUGCCCAUUUGCGUUGCAAAGACACAGUACAGUCUUUCUCAUGACCCAAGUCUAAAGGGCGCACCAACGGGCUUCACGGUCCCCAUCAGAGAUGUACGCAUGGCAGCAGGUGCAGGAUACCUGUACGCGCUGGCUGCUGAUAUUCAAACAAUUCCUGGUCUUCCCACUGCACCAGGCUAUCUAAACAUUGACGUCGAUGUCGAGACUGGCGAGAUUGACGGCAUGUUCUAG